CCAUCAUCCAAUGAAAGCCCCGCCCACAGCCGUACCGCAGAUCCACUGAACUGCGCAAGCCUCGGAGAAGCGCUUGUUUCAUGUACCUGGAUAAAACUGACUUCGGCCUAUCGUUAGCAUCGUUCGGCCUCACUUUAAUAUGGGACGUUUAUGUUACUAAUAGUGUUAUAUUUUAUAGUUUAAGAAGGGAUUCAGAAAGCGCAAACCUACCAACAAUCACUAAAUAAGUAAAAUCCGCCUUUUUUAAAAUGGUACCUGUAGUGUAGUAAUUAAAAUACCGGUAUAGCUCGAGCUGGGUUAAGCUAACAUUAGCUAGUUCAAGUUGGUGUCCAUAAAGUGGUAUAAAAGUUCAUUAGAUACAGACUUCUUAAAGUAUUUUGCCUUCAUUAUGAUCAUUGCAUGGAGGUCAGAGCAACGUCUUUCCACCUCUAGUCCCGCCAUCGGUCCUUGAUAUGCAUCAAAACGAGCGCAACGCCAUCUAAAUGAAAAUAACCCGAGCCAGAGCCCAUAACGGAAAGUAGGAGAGAGAGGACAACGACGUAUUAUUGUCGAAUUACCAUCGAAGCACACAGAUAAAGCAUCAGUUCACGGGCCAUGAUGGGGAGGCUGUGUGAGAUAGCUCUUGUGUCCCUUCUUAUUUUGUUCCUGCUGAACACUGAAUUAACAUGGGCUAAAAAAAACACCAGUAGCGGCAGCAGCAAGAAAACCUCAUCUUCCAGUAACAAGGGUGUGGCAUCAAAACCAGCUGGCUCUCCACCCACACGAAACAGCAAACCAUAUCCUUCUGGUGGAAGUUACCCUCAUCCAGGAACAGGCAACACCAAUCCAGGAGGAUAUCCCAGACAAAUCCCAGCAAGUUAUCCAGGAGCUGGUAGUAACCCCAACCAGUUUCCUGGUUAUCCAAACCAGAACCCUGCAGGUGGCUAUCCAGCUGCAGGUGGCUACCCAGCUGGAGGAGGUUAUCCUAACCAAAACCCAGGGAGGGGAAAUUAUCCCAAUCAGAAUCCACCUGCUGGAGGCUACCCAGCUGCAGGAGGUUACCCAGCUGCAGGAGGUUACCCAGCUGGAGGAGGUUAUCCUAACCAAAACCCAGGGAGGGGGAAUUAUCCCAAUCAGAAUCCACAUGCUGGAGGCUACCCAGCUGCAGGAGGUUACCCAGCUGCAGGAGGUUAUCCAGCUGCAGGAGGUUACCCAGCUGCAGGAGGUUACCCAGCUGCAGGAGGUUAUCCUAACCAAAGGUCCCCUUACCAGUACCCAGCAGCAGGUGGCUACCCAGUCAGAGGGGGAAAUACAGGACAGGGUUGGGGUCAGCCAGGGGGUUACCCUGGUGGAGGGAUGGGUGGUUACCCUGGUGGAGGGAUGGGUGGUUACCCCAACUGGAACCCAAAUAAUAAGAUCCUGAGUCCCCGCUAUGGUGGAGGAGGCUAUGGAUAUGGUAGUCAUGGGAUGGGAGGGUCUCCUUUCUCUCGUUCUGUGCAGGGUAUGGGAUACCAGCCCAAGUCUACAAGUUUUGCCAAAAAAGCCAUGAUGGCAGCAGGCGUUGGUGCUGUGGCUGGAAUGGCCGUUGGAUAUGGACUAGGGCGCUUCCCUCGACCGCAUUUCAAUUUCCGCAACCCUGAAGAAGAACAGUACUACAACAACUACAUGUACCGCCGUUAUGGCACGCAGUCCACAGAUCAAAAAGACUAUGGUCGUGAUUAUGUCUACAACCCUCCUCCACGGGCGGAGUCUUAUGAGAAAUUCAUGGAAAGGUGUAUGAAUAGGACUGACCUUCUGAAAGAUCAGGGCAGCAGCUCUUCCACAAAUCUGGGUGGAGUUGAUGAGGAGGAUGAUGACACUGUCAGCAUUGAGGAGAUCGGAUACCCAGCCCUAAUUGAGCAAAUUAAGUCCCGACGUUGUGUUGAGAAGUACAUGAUCUACUCUGAGCAAUUCCUGCAGGAACGAAAAGCCGAGCAACAACUCCAGCCUAGUCGCAGCAGCCCUCUGAGCUUCGGAGUGAUUCAGCUUUUCACCUCCCUCUUCAUGCUUCUGUCCAGCAUGCUCCUUCUCCAGUGAGGACAAUUAGUCUUCCUUUUACCAUAUGCCAAUGGAUAUCUACUUCCUCCAUCAUAUCUGCACGUCCACAUACUGCUAAUGUAUAUUAGUACAAACCAUAGCUGUACUUCAUGGGUCAUAUUUAGCCAAUCAUUUAUUAUCGGACAACACUAAUAAAAGGAUAACAAAAUGUUGAUGUGUAUAUAGUAAGUGAAAGAGUUGAAGAUUUUUAAGGAGGGUGCAGUCAGUUUAAAAUGUUGCAGUUAGAUCAUCAGUUUUGUGUUGCACAAGAUGCACAAAUUGAUAUUGUUUCAAGAAUUUAUUUUGCACAGAAAACUGAUUACUUUAGGUCAGUUUUUGUGACAAUUUGUUAUGACAAUAUGUUUGUUACUGUGUAAAAUAGGAAUGUGACAUUAAGAGUUUGUACAAAAACAUCCAAGUAACAUCAUUAGUUAUUCAUUCAUCUGUACUGGACAAUUCAAGAAACAGAUUUUUCAACUGGUUAAAAAUGUUUAUUCAAAAGGAAGUUUUAAUUUUUUUUUGUGUUUAAACCAGGAUUCCACUAUUAAAUCUAGGCAUGUGUAAACAUAUGUAUACAGUUGUUGGGCCAUAUUAGGUUGGAGACCAAUUGUAAAGUGGGCUUUCAAAGCAGAUUUUCAGAUUGUCCGCACAACAACUUUCAAAAAAUUUAGUUGGCAAUGGGAACAAAAUGAAGUAAAGGAACUAAUAUUUUCACUUUUGGACGAUCACAGAGAAAGGAGGAAUACAUGUCGUCACUACACAAUGUGGUUUGCUCAACUUGAUAAUGGAUCCUUGAUAAUGUGGGAAGCCAUCCGUUGGGAGUGAUCGGGUUUAAUGUUUGGCUCUGCAUUGUUGUCUAAUGGCCUAGAUGUGGCCAUUUAGUGUUCGCAACAUAAGGCAGGUGCACAUUUUGGUUCAAACACUUUAAUGGUGUUUUUACAUUUUUCUAGUUGAUAAUAAUAUGUAGAAGUAUUUUCUGUAUUCUAUUAAACUUCCCUCAAAUUUUCAGAAUUGGUGAAUCGCUUGAUACCAUACUGGGAAAUGAUGGAGGCCAUUUCCAUGUGGACAAAUGCUUUAAUAUCCCACAAUAAACCGUUUAACAGUUGUAUGAUGAAAUAAGACUGGAGGUGUCCUCAAAGUAAAGAAUAGCCCUACUCCUUCUCAGGUACAUGCCACUCACGCGUUUGUCGUUCACCUGCCUGUAAAAUCCUGAAUUGCAUGUAAUAGCCUUUGACAUUAAGUGAGCAUGUGUCUUUUGGUGGGCAGCAAAUGGCGUCAUUAGUGGAUCAGUGGUGUUGCUACCUUGCCUGCAGCUGUUGAGAACAAUCAGUGUAUUUGUCCUCUAUAGCACCUGAUGCUUUUAAUCUGUCCAAGCCAGUUUGGUGAAAGAUUGGAUUUGAACAAUUUAAGGCUUUAAUCCUAAAUUCUCACAUCCAAGCAUAAGAUCUGCUUCAUUGCUGUACCUUAACCACACACAGUGUGUCACAUCUCUCGUCAGUCGGACACGAUUAACACUGGAACUGGAGGCACUGGCACUGGCUUAAAAUUGCCUGGAAACUGUGGAAGUUUCAGAGGGCGUUGCUUCACUGCUUUGGCGGUCAGGAGAUUUGUUCUCCAACCAACCUUGGAUUUAUGUUUCCAGGCAUACUGUAAACUUCCAGACUUGCCAGAUGGUGCAGGCUUGAGCCGAUAAAUUCAACUCUGCAUCUUCUGAAUCUUCCCGUAGCAUAGUGAGAUAGUCAUGGGUCAGGUGUUUUGGGGUAAAACUGUAAAUACGUCUGUUUGCUUUUCCUGAACUCUAGGCUCUGCCUCUGGCUGUCAAGGUGUGUCCAAAAACUUUGUUCUUCUUUUCCUUCAGAGUCUGUUUAAUGGACUUUUAACUCCCAAUGAGUUUGUGGGGCUAUGUAUAGUGACCUUUAGUAGUGCAAUAUUUCUUUGUGUUUGUGAUUCUUUUACUAUUCUCGCUUAUUUUUGUUUUAAUUAUUUUAUUCUCAGCACAAAAAUGCUACAGAAGUUAAUGUUGCAGGCUGUCGAUAAAACCAAGAUAUUUUCACCCAAAGUAAAGUUACUAUUCAUUUCAGUCCGCUGUUUUGAAGAGUACUGGUGUAUUCAGUAAAGUCUGUUGUUACGUUCACACAUACAAUAUUUAGUGGGUCACACUACUGUCAAAAUACCUGCAGAGUAUUCUGUAUAGAAUAUUUGGAGGUGAUUUUAUAGUGAUGGUCCUUCUUAGUUUGUUCUUAUCCAACCAGUCUUACUUAACAUUUCUCUUUUAUUUUAAUCUCCCACUUAAUUCAUUUUCAUCCUCCCAGGGUUUUUCCUGUUCAUUUUUGUUCAGUUUUUUUCAGUCGUUUUUUAAAUUACAAUUUCACAUUUUCAUACUAUCUAGGCUGUAGAAUAUCUUUAAAGUGCACUUAUGUCCCUUUAGGAUUAGAUAUUCUGUAAUUGUGUCAUUGCACUCUUAUUGGGAGUGUAGACAUCUGCGUGAAUCUUCUGGCUUUGACCUUGGCAAUUGUAAACAUUUUGGUUUGCUCAUCAAAUAGUAUGACUAAUUUGGUUUGUUAUGGAUUUGUGUGUUAAAUAAAACAAAAAAUAAAAUAAAGUUUUUCCUCCCAACAUGA